AUGGCAGAAGAGGGUUUCCAGCUCAGAGCGCUAAACUGUGCACAGGACAAUGAGCUCCAGCUAGCUGACUUCCCAACGUCAUCACUCGCAUCCCUCCAUCUCAGGGACGAAGCUGUGGUCAUCAACGAGAGCACCAACCAUAUGGGGGAUAAUCCCGAGCCCCAUUCUGUAUUUUCUGUAAUGUCAUCACUGCUCAACCAAUCUCAACAGCAGACAGACAUAUCCGUGUCGACGAGGCCGGAGCCUCCACCAGCAGUUCAAGUAACACUGGGCCGUUGGGUGCUUAAUGUUGCAGACUUCUACGAGCCUCAGAUGGGCCAAAACGACGGCGAGCCUCACUCUUGCACCCUGACAGCGUUCCUGCGUGACCUUUCCACCCCUGUCGAUCAUGAUGACGUGUUUGCUGCACUAAGAGCCAACAUUGUCACGGAGGGAGAACCUCAACCCAAGAACAACAUAACCAAAGCAAUGGCAGCAUGCGACUGCAGCUCUGAUGACAACCAUCUGUCUGAUGCCGAGUGGUACUGGGGAAAUACCUCCAGAGAGGAAGUAAAUGAGAUGAUGAGAAACACUCCUGAUGGCACGUUCCUGGUCCGAGAUGCGUCCAGUAAGGUUAAGAGGGAAUACACACUCACACUAAGGAAAGGUGGCUCCAACAGACUGAUAAAGAUCUUCCAUCAUGAGGGGAAGUACGGCUUUUCUGAGCCACUGGCCUUUACCUCUGUGGUGAACCUGAUCCAGUAUUUCCAGAAUAAGUCUCUGGCCCAGUACAACUCUAAACUGGACACACAGCUACUCUAUCCCAUAACCAGAUACCAGCAGCAGCAGAUUGUGGUUGACGUUGACAUUGAUGCAGUUGGAGAACAGCUGAGGAUAUUUCAGGAUCAAUACAAAGAGAAGAGCAAAGAGUACGAUCGUCUGUUUGAGAAGUUUAACCAAACCUCUCAGGAGCUGCAGAGCAAGCGGACAGCCAUAGAGGCUUUCAGUGAAAUCAUUCGGAUCUUUGAGGAGGAAUGUGAAACGCAAGAACGCUACAGCAAAGAAUACAUCGACAUGUUCCUCACAUUAGACAGCAGUACACAGUCAGACAAGAUUCAAAACAAUUCAGAUGAGCUGCAGUCAAGGGUGGAGGAGAUCCACAACAGCAAAAAGAAGUUGGAGGAGGAGCUGAGGAGGAAGGCGUUGGCUCACAUGGAGGUCGACAAGAAAAUGGACAACCUGAAGCCCGACCUAGUACAGCUCAGGAAGAUCAGAGAUCAAUACCUGCUCUGGCUCACCCAGCAAGGCACCAGACAGAGCCAGAUCAAUGAUUGGCUGGGUAUCAGGAAUGAAGAAGACCCGUACACUCUGGCAGAUGAUACAGACCAGGAGGAGAGGAGCUGGUACGUUGGUGGUAUGAGACGAAAGGAGGCCGAAGAGCUGAUGAGAGGGAGGAGGGACGGGACCUUCCUAAUCAGAGACAGCCAGACUCAGAGAGGCUCCUUUGCCUGCUCUGUUGUUGUGGACGGGGAUGUGAAGCAUUGUGUGAUCUACAGAACAUCCACAGGGUUUGGCUUUGCUGAGCCCUUCAACCAGUACCCAUCGCUAAGAGAGCUGGUCCUCCACUAUCGACACACAUCCCUGAUCCAACACAACCAGCAGCUGAAUGUAACCCUGGCCUGGCCCGCUCUCAGCCAGCAGUCCAGCUGA